CUCCGCGCCGCCACGCCUGCGUGCCCGCUCGUCUUCUCCUCUCGCUGCCGGCCAGGCGUUCAUCGCCGCCUCAGCGCUGCUCUGCCCUCGGCGCUCGCAUCCGUCCUUCGGCAUGCCGGCCAAUACGUACGCGCGCGACGGAGCGCGGCGCCGCGCCGCGCGCGAUGGCGCCGGCGAGAGCUCGCGCGGCGCAUCGCGCAGCAACGGCCGCCGUGCGCGGCAGCACUCCGAGGAGGAAGAGGAAGAGGAGGAGGAGGGCGAUGAUGGCGAUGCUGGCGUCAUCGAGCUGGACGACGACAGCGGAGGGGAGCGCGGCGGCAGCGCCGACGGCAACGACGAUGAGAGCGACGCAGGACAGGAAGAGCACUUCCGCAUGGCGCGGCGCAAGAAGCUGCCCGUCGGCAAGGCUGCGCAGACUGCGGGCGAGAAGCUCGGCCGCCAGGAGCUCAACCGCAAGGCGCAGGACCUUGUGCGCCUGGCGCUUUUCAGCGAGCAUCGGCGGGGAGCGCUGCGCCGCGACGAGAUUACGGAGAAAGUCAUCGGCAAGGCGUCGACGCGCGCCUUUCCCGUCAUCUUCAACAAGGCAGCCAAGAUCCUGCGCGCCACGUUCGGCAUGGAGCUCGUGGAGCUUCGCGCACGUGGCACCGAGUCGCAGGCGCAUCUGAACCAGGCCACACAAGCGCUCGAGAAGGAAGCGGCGGGCAGCGGUGCGCGCAAGAAGCGCGCCCGGGAGGAGAGUGCCGAUGCGGAGCCGUCCGAGAAGGGCGUGCUCUCACACAGCUACGUCCUGCGCUCGUUGAUUCCUCAGCGGCUGAUUGCUGGCAUGGGCACGCCCGAUGCUGCCCUGCAAGCCCCGGCAGCUGGACCGUCUCAGGGUCGUGCUGCUGAUGCGCGUGACGGCGAGGGCGUCAUGAUCGACUGGCGGCGCGCAGAUGGACAGCAAGCCGCGAUGGGUCUGCUCAUGAUCUUGCUGAGCCUCAUUCUGCUCAAUCAGCGCGUGCUGCCCGACGAGCAGAUGCGUGCCAGUCUGCGCCGCCUGGCUCUCGACCCUACCGAACCGCUACCUCGCGCGCUGUGCAACGACUUGCCCUCCGGAGGUGCCGCCGGCGCCGGCGACGGCCGUCCGACGGUGGACGCCUUCCUCGGUACCCUGGUCAAGCAGGGCUACCUCGAGCGCGUCCGGUCUGCGAGCGCAGCAGGAGGCGGCGGCGGCCGUGCCGCCGAGGGCGCCGCGUCAGGCAAGCGUGCCAUGGCACGCCGCCGCAAGGACGGCGACGAGGCCGAGGCAUUUGAGUGGCGCUGGGGCGCGCGCUCCGAGAUCGAGAUCGGCGAGCGCAACGUCGCACACUUUGUCGGCGAAGUCCGCCUCGGCGCCCCGCCGGGCGACGGCGGUGCUCGCAACGCCGACGGCAGAGAGCGCCGAGCACGGGCAUCGGGCGCCGGCGCUGGUGCACGCGGGCCGCGAGCCAGCGGAGCCGGUGCGGCACCCGCCACGCAAGGCUCCGCAGCAAGAGAGAAGGCGCUGCUGAAGGAGAUCGAGCGCGCCGCCGGCUCUCAGCUCGUGGACUAGGCGCCGCUCCUAUCGCUGGGCAGCACGACUCGACUGCCACGGCCGGCUGCUCUCUGUGACGGGCUCCUGGAAUGAUGUUCACGGCUAGCCAUGACCCCCGUCUGACACUUUUGACGAUCGAUCUUGUCUGUUACUGCUCUGAUGAACUGUGAUGCGUCACCGAC